AUGAUGCGUCUUCUUGUGGAUGAAUUUACUUCUUUAUAUAAUUAUUCAUGUUCAGUUCAAUCAAAUAUGUCUAAUGCUAUGUUUAUUGCUUGUACACAUGAUAGUUAUGUAUUACGUGAUGGUAUUCCAUAUAUGAAUGAUGUAUGGCCUGGUAUUCAUAUUCGAUAUAUUCCUCAUGGACAUGCUAGUGCAUUUUUAUUUAAUCAAUCAGAUUUUCAUCAUGCUGCUGCUGCUAAAAUGUUACAACGACAAGAAUCAUAUGUAAAACUAAAAAAACAUCUAAUCAUAUCACCAAUUUCUAUUACUACACCAAAAAAUUUGUGAAGAUAUAUAUUUUUUUCAUAUAGAUAUUCUCUCGAAAAGUAUCAAAUAUUUCCUAGUUUUUGUGUUAUGAUUUGAAUAAUAACUCAGAGAAAAGAAAACUUUUGAUCAAAUAUAAACUAGAUAAUAUAUUAAUCGUUUUGUUUUUUUAAAUAUAAUUUGUAUGACUCUGGUAAAAACAUGAGCAAACA